AUGGUUCUAAAUAUUAUCACAGACGAUUUUGAUAAUUUCUAUGAUAUUCAAGAUGAUCUCGGAAGCGGACAAUUUGCUGUUGUUAAACUUGUGCGUGAAUUGAGCACAGGACGUGAAUUUGCUGGCAAAUUUAUUCGCAAGAAAAAAUGUAUUGCUGCUCCACAUCCCAACGUUAUCACACUUCACGAUGUUUUCGAAAACAAACAUGAAAUUAUUUUAGUGCUAGAAUUAGUCGGUGGUGGUGAAUUGUUUCAUUACAUUGCAGAAAAAGACACUUUAAACGAAGAAGAAGCUGCGAAAUUUAUUCUGCAAAUUCUUGAGGGUGUACACCACAUGCACGAAAAGAACAUUGUCCAUUUAGACUUGAAACCGGAAAAUAUUAUGUUAUUGGAGAAGAAUAAGACUCAAAUAAAGAUCAUCGAUUUUGGCAUCUCGAGAAAACUUCGACCCAACGAACCAACAAAAGAAACAUUCGGAACACCAGAAUUCGUUGCUCCCGAAGUGAUCGCCUUCGAACCGGUUACACUAGCAACAGAUAUGUGGAGUAUCGGUGUCAUUACAUAUAUUCUAUUAAGCGGUGCUUCGCCAUUUCUUGGCAAUACAAAUCAAGAAACUUUCACUAAUAUUACUCAAGUUGAUUAUCGUUUCGACGAAGAAUUUUUCGCCAAUACAAGUGAUCUAGCUAAAGAUUUUAUUCAGCAGCUUUUUGUUAAAAAUCCUCGUCAACGUGCUACCGUUGUUGAUUGUCUCAACCAUCCAUGGAUUAAACCUCGUCGACGAAAAGAUGAAGAACAACGUCGUAAUGCUCAAAUCAAUAUGCCAUCAUUUAAAUCGUUCAUCGCGCGUCGUCGUUGGAAGAGGUGUGUGAAAGCGAUCAGCCUGUGUAACAAAAUCUUCAAACAAUCACAAUUACGUCUGUCGUCCAUCUCAUCCGCUAUUAGUUUAGACAAUUUAGAUACCAAUACAUCUGGUCGAUCAUAUGCUGAGGAUAAUGAUGAUUUCGUCUUAACUGCUCUCCUGUGUGCUGCCGAAGAUGGUGAUUUAACGAAUAUUAAAAAACUAUGCAAUCUAGCUAGUAUUGAUGUGAAUAAAGAAAAUAAACACGGCGAAACGGCAUUACAUUUUGCUUGUGGCGCUGGUCAUGUGGAUAUUGUAAAAUUAUUAUCUGAACGCAAAGCUAAUCUGUUGAUUACUGAUGGGUCUGGAAACAAUGCAGUCUAUUGGGCAGCAAGACAAGGACAUGUACCAAUAAUUACUUUUCUUCAUGAAAAAGGCGUGCCUAUCAACAUAUCAAAUCGAAAUGGCGAAACUAGUUUACACGUUGCUACUCGAUAUGGUCAUGCACAUGUAGUGGAACAUAUCUGUCGAUUAGGUGGAAAUGUUGAUUGUCAAGAUGAUGAGGAAGAAACACCAAUAAUUCUUGCUUCUUGGCAUGAUUAUUCUCGAAUUUGCCGGAUUCUAUGUGGAGCUGGAGCAGAUUUGAAUAUACGAAAUAAAGAAGGAGAAACAGGUUUAAUUUGUGCUGCCCAACGCGGAAAUGCGGAAAUUGUUCAAAUUUUAAUCGAUAAUAAAGCCAAUUUAGAUCUUCAGGAUAAAAGAGGUUUAUCAGCAUUACAUCAUGCUUGUCGGCGACAACAGAUUCCGAUAGCUACAGCAUUGGUCAAUGCUGGAUGCAAUAUCAACAUUAUCGAUUCCAACAAUGAAACACCGUUGCACUAUGCUAGCAAAGAAGGUGUUUUACCAAUUGUGGAAGCAUUAGUUGCAUUUGGUUGUCGAUUGGAUGUACGAAAUAAAUCGGAAGCAACUGCAUUACAUUUAGCUGCUCGGCAUGGUCAUACUGAAAUUACUCGAUUUCUUUGUCUAGCUGGUUUAAAUAUUAAUAUAUUAGAUAAAGAUGAUCGAACUGCUUGUCAAUUAGCUGAAAUCAAUGGUAAUGCAGAAAUCGUUCAGUUACUUAAAUCACUAAGCAUGGAUAAUCGAACGGUUUUCAUGGAACAAUUAACACCAACGAAACAACCAUUGCGCAGGAUCAAAUUGAAAAUGUUUGGCAGUUGUGGUUCUGGAAAAACAACAUUGGUCGAUAGUUUGAAAUGUUCAUUUCUGAACAGUUUCUUCCGACGAAAUCGUCUCAAUAGUACGCGAAGAUUGGCUGGAAAUCGAAAAUCGGUAGUUUUUGAUGAAUCCGAAUUUCUCAAUACCAAUAGUUCAAAAGGUGUAGGCGUUCAACAGAUAACAUGUACAGGUGGUGGACAAUACAGUGUGUGGGAUUUUGCUGGGAUAGAAAUGUAUCAUUGCGUUUAUGAUCAUUUUAUUGGUGAUUUCAAUUGUAUUCAUGUCCUGUUAUUCAAUAUGCUUGAUGAUGCUCAACAGAUCGAACAACACCUUUCAUACUGGCUUGAAUUUCUUCGUGUUCGAAUAUCCGUCCAAGAACCAUUUGGCUUGAAUGGUCGAGGUGCUCAAUUACCUAAAAUAGUUCUUAUUGGUACUCAUGCUGAUCACGUUGUUGAUUGUACAAAAUCUGACGAUGGAGAUUAUACAUGCGAACGAAUUCAAAGUCUUCUGACGAAGGUUAAAAGUCAUUAUAUGAACGAUUUCGAUUUUUACGAGAAAAGUUUCCUUUUGGAUGCUCGUGCUGCUUGGACACAAUCGAUAAAAAAUCUAAUAACAUGUUUCAACACUUACAAGGACCGAAUCUGUCAAAAAUUGAAAAGCACAACAGUUUUUCUCGAUCGAUGCACAUAUCAUAUUCAACAGCAAUGGCGAAAAACGUACGCAAACUUCCCAGUUAUGCCCUGGUCACGUUUUCUGGAUUCUGUUCGACAAGAAGUCAAUCCAUUAGCAAGUGAUGAACAUAUGAGAGAAUUGAUUCAACAGUUACAAUUAAUGGGAGAAGUUCUGUAUCUGGAAGGUGAUCCUCAAGAAGAUUUAAUCUGUUUCGAUCCAAAUUGGCUUUGUCAGAAUAUUCUUGGUCGUUUGCUCAGUCAUCAACGAAUAUGCAAACGCCAAUCGUCAUCGAAUGAAACAUUUGCAUUGAGUGAUGUUCAAACUCUCUUUCCUGAGAUAUCAAAUCCGCUAGAUCUUCUACAAAUAUUCAAUGCAUACGAUCUUUGCACACAGAUUAGUAUCAAUGGUGAGCACGAAUUCGAAUUUCCUCAAUUAAACUUCAUUGAUAUCAUGCCUGGCCUUUGGGAAAAACGUUCCGGGGUGCAUUAUAUUUACAUUGGUUGUGAAAUCCAUAGUCGGACAUUGCCGUCGUUACUUUGGUCAGUUUUUCCUCGUAUUCAGGUACAACUUCGUCGUUUAAUUAUGUCGAAUGAGUUUGUUCAGCAUGGCGGUGGUGAUGACGUGGAACUAUUCCAAUGGACAGAAGGAUCGAAAUUAGUCGUGGGCAUGAUCGAGCUGUUAUUAACGAAGAAUCCACCGACACAUAUAGAAUUGAAAGCUCGCGGACAGAUGCAAAACCGCGAACAGAUUUUUUAUUUAUUUCAUGAUGUGCUUUCAUUAAUUGAACAUGUUUUCAAUCAAAUGUGCCCAAUGUUACAAAUUGAACAUCAUUACAUCGCAAGUAAACAUUUGUAUUUAAAUCAAACCUUAACAUCAAACACAUUGAUGAUACCAACAACACGACGUCCAUUAGGUUAUAUGACUUCACUGCCAGCCAAUGAUCGAGAUUCUGCAAGCUUAAGUCCUAGUUCACCAAUUUCCAUACGUUCAUUUUCAGCAAUUGAGAGUAAGCCAAAUACAUCACCAUACUAUCGAACAUAUUCACCGAAAUUGAUUGUUCAAACAUUGAUGAAGCAGUAUGCAGCGAAUCAGUCAUCAGUACUUGAUGGAAACAAUAAUCCUCGUUUAACUAUCAUUGAUCAACACCAUUCAAGUGAUUCAUUGAAUAGUUGCCAUUCUACUGUGUCAUCUAAAGAAUCAACUAACAUUACAACCAUUGAAUUCGAUGAAGAUCUUAUUGAACUGUUGUGUUGUGGUUCGGAUGGAAUCUUUUCAAACUUAAUCAUGGGCAUCGAUUUACCCAUUUCCAUAUUUUCAUUGAAAACUCGCCAAUUACUUUGCCGUCUAUUUGACAAACAGGACGAAAUGGGUCGAGAUUGGUGUCUUCUGGCCAUUGCACUGCAACAGCAACAUCUAAUUCCUCAACUUGAUCAAGAUGAUAUUUAUCAAUCGAAAACUGACCAGUUACUAGAAGAAUUAGGACGAAAACACUCGUCAUUGACAAUUCGAACUUUUCUACAAAAACUACUCGAUAUUGAUCGUCGUGAUGCAUUCGAAGUUGUUGCCAACACAUGUCCAAUAUUUCAAUUUGCCAAUACGAAUGGUGCUGCUCUUCCACCAUCCUCAAUCGAACAUGAUCAACACGAUAGUCAUGAUAGUGGUAUACAAAAUUCGAACAAUACAAUCGCCAGCCUAAAUCGGUGA